GAAAAGCCAAAAGAAGAAGAAAUCUCCAGUUUCCUCUCCCAGCCCAAAACCUUGGCAUGUCUAAUUUGCCCUUAGUGUGUUAAUGGGUCUACGACUAUACCAUGUGAUGGGUUGGCUACCUACUACCUUGAGUCCCCUGGGAUAGGCUCUAGACUCCCCAAGACUUUGUGCAUGAUAAACAGCACAGAAAUGGAAGUCAGAGCACCUGCAACUCAUCAUGUCAGUGGGAAUGGAAAUUGGGGGCAUUGCCCUGGGUUUACUGGGCUGGAUCAUGUCUAUUAUAAGCUGCGCUCUGCCAGUGUGGAAGGUCACAGCUUUUAUUGGAAAUAACAUUGUCACAGCACAAAUCACCUGGGAAGGCAUCUGGAUGACCUGUGUGGUUCAGAGCACUGGACAGAUGCAGUGUAAAGUGUAUGACUCCAUGCUGACUCUUCCUCAAGACCUUCAGGCGGCCCGAGCUAUGUGCAUAAUCUCCAUCAUUCUGGGUGUUCUGGCUUUAAUGAUCUCUAUCAUGGGUGCAAAGUGCACCAACUGCAUUGAGGAUGAGGCAUCCAAGGCAAAGGUCAUGAUUGUCUCUGGCAUCUGUUUCAUCAUCUCUGGACUCCUGACACUUAUCCCAGUGUCCUGGUCCUCCAGCACCAUUGUUCAGAAUUUCUACAACCCCUUGGUGGUAGCCAGUCAGAACUACGAGUUGGGAGCAUCGCUGUACAUAGGCUUUGGGGCUGCUACCCUUCUGAUCUUCGGAGGAGCGUUGCUAUGCUGCAGCUGUCCACCACGCGAGGCCAGGUACAAGCCGCCAAAUAAAGCCUAUAUUGCUCCUCGGUCCACUAGUGCCUAUGGGAAGGACUAUGUGUGAAAUUCUUUAAAAGACAGGUACAGAUUUAAUGAAGGAAGACAAAGAAUUUUCCAAGUAGACUCCAAGAUGAAGGGCUCUGUUAUGCUGUUCAUAUUUGCUUUGUGUUCUGUUUGCUCUGUGUGUUUGGAGUUGCUUUUAAGACUUUACCUGCUGAAUGAGAAUUUGCAAUGUGAAUUGUUGGUUUGAAUGGCUGUAGUUACAUUUUUAUACAUGUUUUUGUCUUUCCAUUACAUAACCUUGUUGUAAUUUUGAGACUCAGGAAGAAAGGACACACUGCUUUUUUACAUGUAUUUGUUUAUGAAAAUCAGACCAGGGUCUGAGACUUGAAGACUGAAGACUCGCAUGAUGAUGCUGAUGACUGAAACCUAUAUUAUUUCAGAUUUAUUCUUUAAACAUCAAACGUAUAAAUGUACUUGUGUUUGUAUUUAAAUUUGCAGCUUACUUUUUUUUACUUCUAAAAAAUAAAUCAUAUAUUAAAACA